AUGGAGCUGGAUCCUGCACUGACUGCUCUCAACCAGACUGUGCUGUCCUCUGGGCCCAGGCCUUUUGUCUUGUUGGGUGUGCCAGGACUAGAGGCUCUGCACGCGUGGCUUUCUGUGCCUGUGUGCCUGCUAUACAUGGCAGCUUUGGCAGGGAAUGCCUUUCUACUGGGGUUGGUGGUAGCUGACAAGGCACUUCGGUCACCCAUGUACCAGCUACUGGGGCUUCUAGCAGCUGCUGACUUGGUUCUGGCCACGUCCACAGUGCCAAAAGCCCUGGCUGUGCUCUGGGGUCUGUCUGGUGAGAUCUCCUUUGGGGCCUGCCUAGCCCAGCUCUUUGUUGCCCACGCAGCCUUCAUUGCUGAGUCCUCAGUUCUGCUGGCCACAGCAGUGGACCGCUAUGUGGCCAUUUGCCAGCCUUUGUGCUAUGCUGCAAUGCUAACUCAGCACGUGGUGGGCACAGUGGCUGUAGCCGCUGUGACCCGUGGUGCCUGUGUCAUGGCACCCUCUGUGGCCCUGCUCCAAAGAUUGCCUUACUGUGGGCGGUGGGCAAUGCCCCAAACUUACUGUGAGCACAUGGGUGUGGCUUGGCUGGCAUGUGGUGACACCCGCCCCAACAUCUGGUACGGCCUGGCCACCACACUGCUUUACCUGGUCCUGGAUCUCGGGCUCAUAGGCGCUUCCUAUGCCUUCAUCCUCAGUGCUGUGUGUCGACUGCCAUCCCAUGCAGGUGCCCACCCCAAGGCCCUGGGCACCUGUGUGGCCCAUGCCAGUGUCAUCGUUCUCUUCUACACACCUGCCCUCUUCUCUUUCCUGGCUCACCGCUUUGGCCGCUACACAGGCCCUGGCCAUAUCCACAUCCUACUGGCUAACCUCUAUGUGGUGGUUCCCCGGGCCCUCAAUCCUGUGGUCUACAGAGUGCAAACCCGGCAGAUCACUCAGCAGCUCAGGCACCUGCUCAGACUUUGCUGGACAGGGGCAGGGAGUAAUGUAGGCCCUGAGUGGUCCCCCCCAGAAGAAUAA